GAUUUCUUUCCAAUUUUCAUCUUCAAUUUCUCUCUAAUUUUCAUCUUCAAAGUCCCAUUAAUCAAAUUCUUUCCAUAUAUCUUUCGCUUUGUCUGCUAAACUAGAGCAGGCAGCUGCUGCAUUCAAGGUUCUAAGGAAAAUUUCAGAUAGCAAAGAUGAAUGAUCUGAUGACCAAAUCCUUUAUGAGUUAUGUAGACCUCAAGAAAGAGGCAAUGAAAGAUCUUGAAGCUGGACCUGACUAUGAUCUAGAAAUGUCCUCCAAAGGAAACACUAUGGACCAAAACCUUGGACUAUUCCUUGAAGAAGCUGAGAAAGUGAAGCAAGAGAUGGCAGUAAUCCGUGAACUCUUGAGCAAGCUGCAAGAAUCCAAUGAAGAAAGCAAGUCUCUCCACAAACCUGAGUCCUUGAAGGCUUUGCGGAACAAAAUCAACAGUGACAUUGUCACUGUGCAAAAGAAGGCCAGGACUAUCAAGGCACAGCUUGAAGAAAUGGAUCGUGCCAAUGCUGCUAAUAAGCGCCUCUCAGGUUGCAAAGAAGGAACCCUAGCUUACAGGACUAGGAUUGCUGUCACUAAUGGCUUGAGAAAUAAGUUAAAGGAGCUCAUGAUGGAUUUUCAAGGCUUGAGGCAGAAGAUGAUGACUGAGUACAAGGAAACUGUGGGGAGAAGGUAUUUUACAGUGACUGGGCAGAGCCCUGACGAAGAGAUCAUUGAGAAGAUAAUUUCUGAUGGUAAUGGGGGCGAGGAGUUCUUAACGCGUGCGAUACAAGAGCAUGGACGUGGGAAGGUGUUGGAGACAAUGGUUGAGAUUCAGGACAGGCAUGACGCCGCUAAAGAGAUUGAGAAGAGCUUGUUGGAGCUGCACCAGGUGUUUUUGGACAUGGCAGUGAUGGUGGAGGCACAAGGAGAACAAAUGGAUGAUAUUGAGCAUCAUGUGAUGAACGCAAGCCAUUAUGUGAAGGCUGGUUCCAAAGAGCUCAACACGGCAAAACAGUACCAGAGGAGCAGCAGGAAGUGUAUGUGCAUUGGGAUCAUUCUUCUGUUGCUGAUUGUUCUUGUGAUUGUCAUUCCAAUUGCUACUAGCUUCAGUAGUUCCUGAAUGGGAUGUCUUACAGAGGAUUUAAUGUCCAGUUAUUCCUUCUGGUUUCUUUCACCUUGAGAUAUGUAUGAUCUGGAGUGUGCACGAGAUGAAAUGAUACAAUCCUUAUGUUGGAACUGAGAUUUGCUUUCAUUCUUUUAUUGUUGAGAUUCUUAAAAUUCAAUGUGUAAUGGAAGGUACCAAAGUGUUGCAAAUUCCUCAAAUCUGAAUCUUGUUUGCUUUUGUCCUUUUGUUUCAAAUAUCUUAAGGUGUAAAUUUUGGGGUUAAAGAAUAAAAAAUUUCAUAGAAGAAAAGAAAAGUUGGUGACUGAUUCAAUUGUUGGUAUCUCCUCUCAAGACACUGUGAAAAUGUUCCCCACCAGUUUUUUUAAUGCUUGGUUGUAAAA